UGUCCCUUUCAUUGCCUUUUUCAGCUUGUUCAUCUCUUUCUUUUCUCCAAUGCUACUACACGUUUCACCAAAUGUGGAAACAAUGAAGUUCAACGACGUUUCUUGAUUUUCUUAGUUUUACACCUACACUUUUCAGCUUCUAUACAUCCACCAAAUUUGCAAGUUAUCAAAAAUCAAAUAUUUUUCUUUCCUUUUUCAUACUUGUUCUCCAAGAUUUCUUCAGAAAACAAGCAUAAAACCCUAAUUCCGAAAUCAAUCGAAUAUAUUGAUUUGAAUGGAGUUUUCUGAUAAAGAAGAAACCUUGAUAUCAAUCUUCCUCAAUACCGCUAGACCCCAAAACGAUGACACUGCUAUACACUUCCUUCAGGCUUCAAAUUGGGAUCUUGAGGAAGCUCUUCACUGCUACCUCUCUGGAGAUUAUGAUGAUCAAGCAAUCCUCCUUUCAGAUCGAGGAUCAAGGCUUGGACAUAUCUCACCAGAAAAACGAAACUCCUUACCUUAUAUUGUACAGGAACCAACGAGGGUUUGGGAAACAGAGCUAGGUGCCACCACCUCUACAGCAGAGAGUUCUCGGCAGGACAAUCUUGCUUCUCUCUAUCGCCCCCCUUUUCAUCUAUUGUUCGAUGGCUCUUUCUAUAAGGCAAAAAGUGCUGCUUCUAUGCAGGACAAGUGGUUGUUGGUGAACAUACAAUCUACCAGGGAAUUCAGCUCACACAUGCUUAAUCGGGAUACAUGGGCAAAUGAUGCUGUUUCUCAGAUCAUUAGUACAAACUUCAUAUUCUGGCAGGUAUUUGAUGAUACAUAUGAAGGCCACGAUGUCUGUGCUGAUUACAGACUGGAUUCAAUUCCUGCUGUGCUUGUUAUUGAUCCCAUCACUGGCAAAAAGAUGUGCUCCUGGGACGGAAUGGUUGAACCUCAAAGUUUAUUAGAAGGUCUGCUAACAUUCCUUGAUGCUGGUCCUACGGAUCACCACAAUACCUUGUCUCACAAGCUUCCUAGAAGAAAUUCCAGUCCAUCAAAAUCGACAGAUUCAGAUGCGAGUGAAGUGGGAGAUGAGGAAGUUCAAAGAGCGCUGGAAGCUUCAUUUAAAAGCGUGAAAGAAUCAAGUGAAAUUGCUGGAGGAGAUAAUAAAUAUGAAAAUGUUGCUAGCAACUUGCAAGAAACAACAGUAAUGGAGUUUGAGAAACUCGUGAUAUGAUGAAAGAGAAUAGAAAGAAAAUGAAUGAUGUAGGAAGGAUAAGUUUACAGGCAUAAUACUGAGUAAGGAAAUAUUAAACUGUUUUUUUUUUUUUUUUUGGAUAUUGCAAGGAUAAGCUUAUAAGCUAGCUGCAUCUUUACAUUACCUUAAAUAAAAGAGAAUCACAUUUGAUAGGUAUAUAUGCCAAAAUAUUAGUACAAAAUGUAUCUGGUAGAAAUUAAGGAAAGUGAUAAUAGAUGAGAUGGAAAAAUAUGAGCCUUUAA